AUGUCCCUCCUGAUGCAGGCUUCGAUCCUAAUCGCCGUCGUCUUGCUUCUUGUCGGCCCUGCGACCCCAGCGCGCGUCCUUCGGAAACGGCUAUCCCAGUUGGGCAUGUUUUCCUGGGAUAACUGUGAUGAGAAGGACCCUGCUGUGAUCAGAAGCCUGACACUGGAACCUGACCCUAUUCCUGUUCCUGGGAACGUGACUGUCAGUGCCGAGGUCAAGACCAGUGUCCCCCUUGAGUUUCCUCAGAAGGUGGAAUUAACUAUAGAAAAGGAAGUAGCAGGCUUCUGGGUCAAGAUCCCGUGUGUGGAACAGAUUGGCAGUUGUACCUAUGACGACUUCUGUAAUGUGCUUGACACUUUCAUUCCCCCUGGGGAGAGCUGCCCUGAGCCCCUGCACACCUAUGGGCUUCCAUGCCACUGUCCCUUCAAAGCAGGCACCUAUUCACUACCCAAGUCUGAUUUUAUGUUGCCUGACCUGGAGCUGCCUGGCUGGCUCAGCACCGGGAACUACCGCAUCCAGAGCAUCCUGAGUAACAAAAACAAGCGUCUGGGCUGUGUCAAGAUCACCGCUUCGCUCAAGGGCAAAUAA